AUGGCGAGUAAAAGUGUCGUCCGUUUGCUCCAAAAUUCCAGUAAAUUGAGAUGUAGAUCGAUAUCUCCGUCGUACGUCGUAUCCUCGAGGUGCUACGCGUCGUGGGAACCCAAGGACCAGGAGACACACACUGGACAGAAAUUUGAUCCCAAUGAUCGUCGUCUGGCAAGAUUUGUGAACAGACCAAAGGAUGUGAAUCCUAACUGGGGUAUCAAGUUGAUCGAUGAGGUUCCUCCUGAACCAAAGAAGGCAAGGAUCGUGGCAUGCGAUGGCGGUGGUGGUCCUCUAGGUCAUCCCAAAAUUUACAUCAAUUUGGAUAAGCCAGGGAAUCACGCCUGUACCUAUUGUGGAUUGAGAUUCUAUAAAGAAGAUGACCAUCAUUAAAGAAAUUGAAAGGAAGCCAGUAGUUAAUUUAAAGCAAAUUACUGUGUACUGUAAUAUAAAGAAGUUAUAAUUGUAAUUUAAAAAGAAGUUAUGGAAAUGAAAAACUUGUUUACAAAUAAAUUUUAAGUUAAACAAACAUAA